AUGGGACAGGUUCGUCAGCAAAAGGCUUCCAAACAAUUUGCUGAAGAAGUCUUGAAAGCACACAAUGACUACAGGAAGAAACACGGAGUCCCCCCAUUAAAACUCUGCAAGAAGUUAAACAGAGGAGCCCAACAGUACGCAGAAGAACUGGCUACCACGAGGGUCCUCAAACAUAGCUCCGAGUCUGCUAAUGGAAAAUGCGGAGAAAACCUAGCAUGGGCAUCCUAUGAUCAACCAGGAAAGGAUGUGGCUGACAGAUGGUACAGUGAAAUAAAAAAUUACAGCUUUCAAAACCCCGGGUUUUCUUCUGGGACAGGUCACUUCACAGCAAUGGUUUGGAAGAACACAAAAAAGAUGGGUGUCGGAAAAGCAUCUGCUAGUGAUGGCUCAACAUUUGUGGUGGCUAGAUAUGAUCCAGCUGGAAAUGUAGUAAAUCCAGGCUAUUAUGAAGAAAAUGUCCUUCCUCCAAGAAAAUAACUUUUUUUUUUUUUUAAAGGCAGUCUUAUUGCUUAAUGACAAGUGAACCUGGAUUUGGACUUAACAGUGUUUGAAAUGAAGUACGAUGCAAUGAAAUUUCCUGUUUGAUACUGCAGUUCACUUCUUGUUACAGAGGAAGCAAUUACGUGUUGCUUGAGUCGAUCUGCACAUUAGGUCCCUGUUGUUUCUGAGGAGGCUUCAGUUUAUUUGAGGAUGAAGUAUUUGCAGCAUUUCUGAAGGGUAAAAUUUAUAAGUUGUUUUUCUUUUUUAAUAGUUUGCAUGAACUCUGUGUCAGCAUGUGAGUAAGCACAUGUUGGAUGUCUCUUUUUAAACAAGUAAAUUUAUAGCUUUCUGUAAACUGAAGUUACCAGCUUGUAAUUAUAUCACAUACUCCCAGUUUUCCAGUAUGUUUUAAUAACUGUAACUUCUUUGCUCUAUCUAUACCUCCUGCUACU